GCCCCUGGUCCUGCCCCCGUCCCUGCCCUCGUGGUCGGACUUUUACCUGCCUCGCUCCCUUUGCCGCCUCCCCUUUCUAUAUAUGUGAAACUGAUCCCAGUGGGUUUCCCGCCCCCCCCGGGUAAUAGACGCCAUUCACCUCCGCCAGGCAGAUGGACCCUACGGGACCCUACGAGCUAUUGUCCUCGCGUGCUACUCCUUUGCAACCUCACCUUUCGGAGGAAUACGGGCGCCCCUUGACUGUCUCCUUUUCUCGGGCGAACACGGACGCUGUCAUCGAUUACGACACUAUCUCCUCACAUCCGCAUCCGUGAGAACCUGCGAACUCCAACCACCACGUUUCUAAGACCUCCUGCGCGAACUGCAUGGAGCUGGGACACUGAAGCUGGAAACAAAUAUUGGAAGCCGUGCGAAAGCGAUCGUUGUAAACAUUGAACGUCCUGCCCACAAUUGACGCUGUCAUCGCUACGGGAUAUACAUCAGCAUUAAGGUGCGUUUGGAUUGGGGUCUUUGCUUGUGGCCCUGUUCGUUGGGUUUGAGGGAGUUUGAGGGGGUUUUCGUCGCGGAAACUGCUCUAACAUACGGAUGUACCUUGGAAAAACACUGCAGCUUGGUUUGAUUUGGGCGGUUUCUGCAUUCA